UGUGACAGGCUUUCUGCUCGCGGAGGCAUCUCAAGCACACCUGUCGGCCCACAACGGAAGCAUCAUAUCCAGAGGGCUGAAGGACAACCUUGACGCCAGUGGCCUUGCUGCAUCGGCAUCCUAUGCGUUCUAUUGUCGCAACAAGGCAUAGUGGGCUGGCCACUAUUGUGGAUCUCGCAAGGUGUGGCGCGCCGAACAAGACCACUCCACGAAAAGAUUGUCAAAAAUCGCGUCAAUCGCGACUUUUCACGACUUACCUAUGCCGAGCCCUCCUCCAUACAACAAGAUCGAGUUGGUUUGUGCUUGUAUGCUGGUGGUCAUGGAAAGCGAGUUGGAGGAGGGAAGGAGGAAGACACGAGUGGACGCUCACGCGCACAGGCGUCUACACGUCUGUGGCGGAAGUGCCACUCAGUGCUGCAGUCGUUGAUUGGCUGCGCUAUUGCGCAGGAUCUUUGCUAAUCUCAAAGCUAUCUUUUGCACAAGAUGAUACAGAAUAAAGUGUGAUCAUUCCACAGGUCAUCGGUCUCAUCGCCACGUAUCUUACACCUCAUCGCAUCGGUUUGUUCAAGCAUAUAUAUUCCACUACAUUCCCUACACCUUCACCUG